AUGGCAUACCACCGGCCCACCUUGAGCGCUACAUACGUGCCUGGAUACGAUGACUUCUACCAACCCGCCCCGCCCGAACUCGUGGCACCCAAGCCGCACAACCCAACGACCGUCACGGAAGGCAUCUCGCAUAUGGACCUCAGCGCCCAGAACCAGAGAGGGCCUAUGAGCCCAGUUUACCCGAACAAACAGUACUCCAACCUCGUUUCAGACGACGCACCGCACCUCUCGCCUUUCCCAAAGCUGGUUAACAAGCCGACGAACGUGCCGCCUUCGGACGACGAGCUCGAAGCAACACUCGAGACUGCGCGAAUCCACGUACUCAACUCAAACGACCCAGAGAUGCAGCUGGCAUGGGCGUCGGAUGCGUUGGUGUACGUUGGAGUAUGCGCGGACAAUGAGGAAAGGACAGCGGCGGCGAAGCCGCAGGCUGCGAGAUCGUCGACACCUAGGAUCGAGCACCAAUUGAAGACGGAUGCCAUGAACAUAACCACGUUCCUCGCGGACCAGCACCACCCGAAAGCAGAGUUUCUGAGAGGCAUGUGGCUGGAAUGGGGUAGAUUUGGACAACGGGAGGACAAGAAGGAGGCAUUCCGAUGUUACUCUAGGGCUGCGGACAGAGGAUAUGCGAGGGCAGAGUAUCGUAUUGGCAUGCUUUACGAAUCGUUCAACGAUCCUGUCAAAGCUCUGCGGCACUAUCACCGUGGUGUGGACGCUGGGGAUGCGGCUUCUUGCUACAGGUUAGGCAUGAUGACCUUGCGAGGACAGCAUGGCCAACAGCAGGACUACGCUACAGCAGUUGAUUUGAUACGGCGAUCGGCUGAGGCUGCGGACGAGAACGCAGCUCAGGGCGCCUAUGUAUACGGCAUGCUGCUCGCUCGUCAGCUACCACAGAUUGAUGUGCCACAGCAAUUCUUGGCCCCGGACGAGCAACAAGCCCGCAUCAACAUCGAGAAAGCGGCGUAUCUGAAGUUUGCCAAAGCGCAGCUCAAGAUGGGCUCGGCGUACGAACUUGGCUCGCUUUGUUGUGAUUUCAAUCCGGCGCUGUCGGUUCACUACAACGCGCUUGCCGCGAAGCAAGGCGAAGCUGAGGCGGAUAUGGCACUCAGCAAGUGGUUCUUGGUUGGAUCAGACAGGCUGUUCCCGAAGAACGAGGAGCUGGCAUAUACGUACGCUGAACGCGCAGCACAGAGUGGUCUCGCAACUGGCGAGUUUGCACUGGGCUACUUCCAUGAGAUUGGCAUGUACACGCCUGUUGACUUGGCGAAGGCGAUGGAGUGGUAUCAGAAGGCGUCACAGCACGGCAAUUCGGAUGCCGACAGUCGAAUCGAGGGUUUGCAACGAAAGCAAGUGCUUUCUAAGAAGGACCACGAAACCGUUGCGGUGUCCCGGAUCAAGUCGAUGCACGGGUCUAUGCGUGGCGCAAGACCGGACCGAUUCAAGCAGCAACCGCAGUCUUCCAGACUUAAUCAUAGCAUUGUCCCGGAAGAGAUUCCAACACCUGCGUAUGCAAAGGGUGCCGCAAUCCAGCAUCCGCCGCCAAGAGGGUCCUCAAUCACACCAUACCCCGAGGACAACAGGCCACCUACCGUGGCGCCUGCCGAUAUCCGAGCCCAGUCGGUCACUCCGUAUCCUCUUGAAGAUGGCCCACCGAACGCUUCUCGCCUCGGACCAUCCGGAUACGGAACUCCACCACCUCCACGACCAUCGACCACACUCAACCCUGAUGUGCGACCAAGCAGUGCUUUCCAGCUAGCUCCUGAAUACCGUUCAAGUUCUGCUGCUCCGAUGCCUCAGCAACCGUACAACGGUGGUCCCAUAUACGCUGGCGGGCGGCCUUUGCCAGCUGUUCGUCCAUCUACCGUGCAGCCGUUCGACCCUCGUGGCAGACCAGCUGCCGCUCCUAGGAUAGCACCUGGACCGGCCGGCAUCUCAGGCCUUCCAUCACAACAACCUCCACCAGGCUCAGGCGCUCAGCGACCACCGAUGCCACAUCCAUCCUCCACCCCUGCACCAUCUCAACAACAGCGACCACCCCAAUCCACAACACCAGCCCUCGACAUUGGUUUCUCAGCACCCUACGAAGACCGCCGAGCCCGCCAAUACGGCCCUGCUAGACCUUCACCUAGUCCUGCGCAAGUAGGUCCGCUCAAAUCCAGCCAGACAAUGCCCAACUUCGACCAGCAGCCACACAACCCAUACUCCGCUCCCUCGUCUCGACCUGGUUCACGUCCGCCAUCUGAUGGCAGGAGGCCGGACACAAGCACGCCUAGGCCACCACAGAAGGACCCUGCACCGCCUGUGGCCAAGCCACCCCCCAAAGAGUCUACAGCACCUGCGCCAGCGAAGCCGCCCGGGAAGGGCCCGAAGACGUUUGAUGAGAUGGGCGUGCCGGCGCAGCAGAAGGAUGGAGAAUGUGUCGUCAUGUAA